AUAAAUAAAUAAAUUCACAUGUUAUCAGCUCUUCCCUUUCUACUGAAACAGAAAAAUUUCAUUUCCUUCGUUCCUGAAUAUGAGAAUCUAACUUAGUUCUUUAUAUUCACCUAAUUUAUUCAUCCUUUUCGUAAAUUAUAUUUCGGUAUUUAGAUAUAUGUACACGGAUUUUUUUCCUUUAAUUGAAGGAAUUCUGUCUUCUUGCCGUUAACCGAAGGGUUAGCUUUUGAGUAGCCGGCCGGCGAGGGAGUGUUAGCCAUAGGUGGUGGUUCAUCAUGGACCCUUCGUCAUCAAUAAUGAAGCUUCUGGAAGAAGACGAGGACGAAACUAUGCACUCUGGUGCUGACGUGGAGGCAUUCCAGGCUGCCCUGAACCGGGAUAUUGGAGGCGAUGUCUCUAAUUCUCAGCCGUCUGAUCCGGCUGUUUUAUUCCAUGAAACCAAUCAAACUCCCAAUCAGCCAUUUCCAAAUUGGCAAACUACCAUACAAGAUGAUAAUUCCAAUGGUCCAAGACAGCAACAGCAAGUGCAGCAGUCGUCUGUAGUGGAGGAGCUAAAGCAGCAUGCUUCUGCUGCUGAGAAUCAGCACAUACUGAAUGAUGCCACACGGGAGUCCAGUCACUUUUCAUUAAACCAGAAACAACAAAAAGAUGAUGUUCAACAAGGGCAGACAGAGCAAGUUCCUGUCCAGACUCCUACAACAACCGGGAUGCAAAUUUCUGAUAGAAAUCCUAUGCCAAUAUCUGAGCCCAACAAAAUGCAAAAUCCAGACACUGAACUCCAAUAUAUGAAGGUACAGAAGAUGGGUAAUCAACAAACCUUGGGCAUGGAGCAGCCUGGUAACCUGAAGAAUCAAAGCAAUCAGAUACCAUUUGGGUUAUUGCUGCCUGCCUUAAAGCCCCAUCUUGAUAAAGACAGAGAGAUGCAACUUCAAACUAUAUUUAAUAAACUGAGGAAAAACGAUAUUGCGAAAGAUCAAUUUGUCAGGCAUAUGAGAAAUAUUGUAGGGGACCAAGUGCUGAGAAGGGCUAUAACGCAAUUGCAGUCACAGCCAGGUCCCAACCAAUCCCAAUUACAAUCUCAAGCUUUAGCACGCCAAAACAAUGUGAGAAUUCCAGUUAGUGCUGGUGCUGCUUCAGUAGUUCAAGUGCAGGCUGAUUCUAGAUUCCGAACUGCAGAAAAUAAUGCUCAUAAAUCGCAUGAGGUUGAACGUAAGCCAGAUUCUCAUGGAAUACAAGUAAGCCAAAUUCCUUCAUCCAGUGCUAGCAUAGUCAAGCAAGAGAGGGAAUGGUCUUCAAUUCCAGUGCCAGGACACAGCAAGCCGCAGCAACCUGUGCACUUUCCACAGACUACCUUUUCAACGUAUGGAAGUAACACCGGUGCUUAUCCAUAUUCUGGAACAAAUGUCAAUACCUCAGGGUCAUCCAUGAAGGUGCAAGCUCAUGAUUUGCAACAAAUGGUGCAAAUAUCACAUCAAACCAUGGGUGCAACUCAGAUAGGAGGUUCAGCCCAGACAAUGAACAUGAUCAGUGUGCCAAAAUUUGAGAGGACAAAUUCUGUUACGGAUCCCAGCAGAGUGCACAGUGGUUCUAUUUCUCAAUAUGCGAACAAAUCAGCUGGCCAACAAGUAACAGCUUCAUGGCAAGCAACGACAAAUAAAGAGCAAAAUUCCAGUCCUUUCUCAUCAGCAAAUUAUGUAAAACAGGAACCAGGUGAACAGGCUGCCGAACAACACCAGAAAUCCCAGUUGCCUAACUCUCAGGGUGUAUCUGCAACAACCAUUGAACAAGGGAAUACAGUACCCGGAAAUUUAAAAGAUGAGUCUUCGGAGAAGCUGCAGUCUUCUAAAGUUGGUUUCUCCACACCUACUGGUAUUUUGCCCUCAAAUUCAGCUUCUCCUUCCAUUGUGACUCAACUGGACCCCAAUGCCCAGGUGGGCUCUCGGGUCCCAUCUGCAUCCGCUUCUGCUGGAAUUAAUAUAAGAACACCUCCGAAAAAGCCUUCUAUCGGCCAAAAGAAGCCACUUGAAGCACUUGGUUCUUCUCCACCUAUGUCAAGUAAAAAGCAAAAAGUAUCUGGGGCAUUCUUGGAUCAAAGCAUUGAACAACUCAAUGAUGUCACUGCUGUCAGUGGAGUUAAUCUGAGGGAAGAGGAAGAACAACUAUUUUCUGGGUCCAAGGAGGACAGUCGAGUUUCAGAAGCAUCUAGGAGGGUUGUACAAGAAGAAGAAGAAAGGCUGAUUUUGCAGAAAACUCCACUACAGAAAAAAUUGGCAGAGAUCAUGGUCAAAUGUGGUUUGAAAAAUAUAAACAAUGAUGUGGAGCGAUGCUUGUCCUUGUGCGUGGAGGAAAGAAUGCGUGGACUUAUAAGUAACUUGAUCAGGCUAUCAAAGCAGCGGGUUGAUGCUGAGAAGUCUAGACACCGAACUAUAGUUACCUCUGAUGUUCGGCAACAAAUCAUGAAAAUGAACCAGAAAGCUAGAGAAGAAUGGGAGAAAAAGCAAUCUGAAGCAGAAAAGCUUCGAAAAGUUAAUGAACCUGAGGGUGAUAAUGAAGUUGAAGGCGAUAAGGAGAAAGACGACGGUCGGGUUAAACCAGUGAAGGCAAACAAGGAAGAGGAUGACAAAAUGAGGACAACAGCUGCAAAUGUUGCUGCCCGAGCUGCUGUUGGUGGAGAUGACAUGAUGUCAAAAUGGCAACUCAUGGCUGAGCAAGCCCGGCAGAAACGUGAAGGUUCAACGGAGGCAACAUCUGGUCCUCAGUCAGCAAAAGAUAGCCGCAAGCCUCCGUCAACGGCUGGAAGAAAUAUGAAGGACAAUCAAGAACCAGAAAAGAGAAGCCCUGCAGCUGCAUCAACAGGGCCUGUUAGGAAAUUUGGGAGGAACCAAGGAAUCGUACCACAAAAUAGGGUGGCUCGCAGUAUUUCGGUGAAGGAUGUGAUUGCAGCGCUGGAAAGAGAACCCCAGAUGUCGAAAUCUACAAUGGUUUAUCGACUGUAUGAGAGAACCCGGUCUGAUACUCCAACUGAAUAAUGCAAGAUUGGGCUUUAAACAGCAGUUACUCUUAGUGAGUACAUCAAUGGUGAUAAGAUUCCAAUCCUAGUCCACAUAGCACCAGAUACUGUCUGGCGGAGCACCAUUUGGUACUAACUCCUGCAGGACGAAUUGGCUUAUUUCUCCCACGCUGCUUGAGGUCCUAGGUUACAGAAUGGUGGCGCCUAAGCUAAAACUGGUUUAAUUGUUCUCUUCUUGCCAUUGCCGUGUAAACAAUUUGACUCCCUAGAGUUUUUAAAGGGAGGUUCACUAGUUAGUCAGGUUUUAAUAUGUUGUGAAAGUUUGGAGUUGGCCUUUAUUUAUUGAAUACAUUCGUAACCAUAUAUAAAAUUCCCAAAAACAAUAUCUUGUGACUCAUCCUGUAAAUUUUGUAUUAAAUGGAUUUGUAGUUGCACAUCGACUCGA